AUGCCUUUUGGUCAGAUCGUUAUUGGUCCUCCUGGAUCAGGGAAAACUACAUAUUGUAAUGGAAUGUAUCAAUUCUUAACUGCCACUGGAAGAAAAGUUUCAGUUGUUAAUCUAGAUCCAGCAAAUGACUUUUUACCAUAUACUUGUGCAGUGAACGUAGCAGAAUUAAUUACGUUAGAGGAGGCAAUGGAAGAAUUGAAGUUAGGGCCCAAUGGUGGUAUGAUGUAUUGCAUGGAAUUUUUAGAAAAGAAUUUUGAUUGGUUUGAAGAAAAGUUAAAAGCUUUGGGAGAUCCAACAAAGUAUAUUUCGGUUUUAUUACUUUCACUUAAAACAAUGUUACAAAUUGAAUUGCCACAUAUUAAUGUACUAUCAAAAGUGGAUUUAAUGGAAUCUUAUGGCAAACUAGCUUUCAAUUUGGAUUUUUAUACUGAAGUGCAGGAUUUAUCAUAUUUGUUACAACAUUUGGAUGAAGAUCCUUUUGCUCGUAGAUUUAAAGAAUUAAAUAAAGCAUUAUGUGGACUAAUUGAAGAUUUUAGUCUAGUUGGAUUUAAUACUCUUUGUAUUGAGGAUAAGAAAUCAGUAUGGAAACUUGUUCAAGUUAUAGAUAAGGCAAAUGGAUAUGUAUUUGGUGGAUUAACUGAAGGAAAUGAGAGUAUAAUGUUGACAACUAUGGGAACAAAUACAUCAACUCUUAGUGAUAUAUUAGAAGUACAAGAGAGAUGGUUAGAUCAUAAAGAAACUUAUGAUGAAUGGGAAUAUAAUCAGCAGAAAAUGGAACAAACAAAAUAA